AUGCUCAGUCUGAGAUUCGUCGAUGCUCACCCGGAUACCAACCGAAACCGCCGAGUUCGGGAACUUGAAGAUUCCGCAAACCGACGACACGCUUCCAUAGUCGCUCACAAGCGCAAGCACAAGUCACGGAAACAAAGCCACGACGCAAUAACGGAAGUUGGCUCACCUGGAGAAGACCAGGGAGUGGUCGCGCAAAAGUCUUUCAACCUUGCCGCUCCCCGAGAAGUGUCGCCUGGGAGUGGAAUUGACCCUUUUGCAACGUGUGGCUAUAGCACAUUACCAGCGGCUAUCCUCGAAGCGCAAAACUACAGUCUCGAGGGCCAAAUCUAUACCAUACAUCGAGUCAACAAACGCAAUGAGGUCGCUGAGUGGAACCUCAAUGUCGCCAACAUCAAGCGGUUGUCCGUUCAACAGUCAUUCCUUUUCCACUCCUACGCUGUUGUAGGCGCUUCCUACAUGAUGGCAAACUCCGACAGUACUGUCCUACAGGCUACCGCUCGUCAAAUUUGGCUCGAGCAGCAGAAACUAUACAUCGAAGCAAUGCAGCAAGCGCUACAGCUUUAUGCGGGAAUCCCAUCAGAUGAGCAAUGUCUUGCAGCACUGACAAUCUGUCUGAUCAUUGGUUCGGUCAACGAAGAGGUCGAAUCCAUUCACCCAAAGGGCCCUUUUGCCUACAUAGACACAUCAUACUUUAAUAGCGGAGUGACUGUUGACCCGCGACUUCACAAAUACUGGAAGUCUCUAAUUGACAGAAAAGGUGGAAUUCCGGAGAUCAAGAACCCAGUUAUCCGUCAAUGUCAUGAGAGCUUCGACAUUUACAGUGCAAGCAAGAAUGACUCGCAUCCGACUUGGAACCGAGUCGUACCUCAUUGGAAUGCUGUCGACUCGCCACCUGUCGAAAGCUACGCCGUGAUACUCAAUCUGGAGUCUCGUCGGGAUGCCACAAAUGCUCGACCUGCCAGCUACGAUAUGUUCUACUACUAUCGCACCGCCGCCGAGAUAGUCGCCUUAAUGGACACAACAGCCGAUCUUUUUGACCUCGGCCCUCCGAAACUCGACGUACAUUGCGGAUUCUUGAGCUUCCCGAGGCUCGAUGAGAUUCCAGACCCAGACCGCGCGGACGUGCUUUUAUGUAUCUGCCGAUCCGCCGCGCUCAUUUUCGACGAUAUGGUACUGUAUCCAUUGCCGUACCACAGCGGGCAGAUGCCACGGAAUGCCACCCAACUCCACGAUGGCAUUUCCCGGCUCCGUCCCUUCUGGGAUGUCUACGACAAGGAGGCCAGCCUCUACAAGUUCAAGGACUUCCUAAUUUGGGCAUGCACGCUCGGCGCCAUUGCCGCUACGAGAAUGGAACAAAUGCGUCGCUUCUUCCUCGGCCGCCUGGCCUACCUCUCAAACGCAAUUACAGACUGGGAGACUUUCAACAAUUUGCUAUCACGUUUUCUGUGGUACAAGCCCGUUUGUGAGCCGCCUGCUCACGAGGUGUGGAAUGAGUUGCAGAGACGAACAUUGCCGCGACCUGACAUUAAUACUCCUCUGCCGCUGAAGGAGAAGAAUCUGCAGCAGAAGCGGGGAAUGGCUGGUAUAGCCAACUAA